AUGACUACUAUAACAUUGCAAUAUUCGUACAUGGUAAAACUAAAGUAUUGAGAAGAUGCCGAGCUUCAUCGUGAUCAGGUCGAAGCCGUAUAGCUUCUUGAACGUGUGAUUUCGCCAGAUCCAUAUUUUGCAGAUCAAAAUGACAUUUGGCUUGAAGAAGAUGACACUCAAAGAGAACUUGUUCGCAAGCUUGAACCUCAAGUGAGGCACAAAUGUCGAUGGCCUGCUGGGUUCGACCCUGUCGUCGUAAAACUCGUGCUAUCGACAUAAUGAUCUGUUGACGGACUUUCAGAAUUCCACUUUGCAUGUCUUGCAAUUGCUCUACUUUCUUGCACAUUUCGCAUUUAUUCAAAGCAUAAUGGAGCCGAUGCAUAGCGUCUUCGAAUCGUUUCUUCCUGAAUAGAAUUCCUGCAUCAUCCAUGAGCUUCGAAAAGAGGACGAAAAGUGCUUCAGGAUAGGAUUCGAUGGCCGUUUGCCAGGUAGUGGAUCGUAAUCGAGCUCCCCUGAUCGGAUCAAUAAUUAGUUCAGUACUGAGUGGUUUCGAAACGAUGAAUUUACCAAAAAAAAAAGAGAUUCCAUUGAGCAGUGUAGGUCAUAAUUACCUCCCAAGCAAUGCCUCCAACGCCGGCUUAUUUUUAUUCAUGAGGGCAAUCUGGACAGGAUACAUCCCAUCGUCAUCAGGCUCCUCUAUAAGCAUACCUUCUUCUAACAGUCGAUCGACAAUUGCUCGACAUGCUGACGCACAAGCGAUAUGUGCCAGGGUUUUGCCGUUCUUGUCUUUACCAGUAAUCUCAGCAUUUCGAUCGAGCAGAAGCUGUACUGAUGAUAAAUGGUUCUUAUGGAUAGCGUGUGCCAGUGCUGUCCAACCGUGAUCAUCUCGUUGAUUGAUAUUAGCACCUUUGUUAAGCAGCAUGUCGAUAAGUCCGACAUGUGCGCAUCGUGCAGCAGCGAUGAUUGGCGUCCUGCCGAACGCGUCUCUACAUUCGAUGUCGCAAUUUGGUAGGUUGAAUACAGCCACAACCAGAUCCCAACUGCCACUUUCGACGGCACAUAUCAAAGCAGGACGUUCUGCAGGCCAUUGCAUUGUGGAUAGGGUUGCACCACGCGACAAGAAGAACUGAACGGUAUCGGCUUGACCAUGUUCACACGCUGCACACAUAGCUUUAGCGAAGUCCGUGCAUGCGAACGAGUCGACCAGCACUUCGCAAACUUCUGUCUGACCUGCGCCGGCAGCUGCUACCAUAGCAUUCUCUAUAGCUGUAGUUCGCUCUUCCAUCUUUGGCCACUUCUGAGCGAGGAUACAUCGCACACACUUCACGUAGCCAUUCCGUGCAGCUUCAAUGAGAGCAGUUGCAGAUGUUUUCAUAUUGUCAAGGGGAAGAAGCAAUGGUAGCAGAUCCAGGUGACCAUGUUUAGCCGCAAUAGUGAGAGCAGAGUCACCUUGUUUUUGAUGAACGAGCCCACCAUGGCCGAUGAACAAGUUGACCAGAUGAGCGUUACCGGCCGCUACAGCAGCUUGCAUUGCUGACAUCGACUCCGACGGGUCGAUGCUGUUCACGUCUGCGCCCGCCAUGAAUAGAAGUUGGGUCACUUUGGUAUUUGGGAAGAACAUAUUCCGAUAGUUGAAAAGUGCUCGUUUAAUGUCAUUUGAACAUUGCUUGACCCAGUUAACCUGGCCAUCUUUCAUCGAAGUGUACUCAGGGAGAUAUUUCCCGUGCAUAUACUUAUACGGAUGUGCUUUGAGAAGAUGAUGAGCUAAUUCGAACAAUUGGACGGAGCUCAACGGUGCUUGUUGAGUGAGAUAUAAAGCGAAGAGUAUGUGACCAUGCCGGAGCAACAAUCGAAUGUAGAGCAUAUUUCCAUUUGCAGCAAAUACUAUCCGAUCGACCAAAUCACCGAAAGGAUCAAUUACGGAUCGACGAGAACACGACAGAAGAUGAUUUUCCAACUCAGGUUCCAUAGAUAAUCGGUACUCAACAAGCAUUCGACAGUCGCGAACCACUCGUUCAUCCAAAGCGAUGUCGUCUAAUCGAAUUCUUCUCGUUAUUAUAUCGUCAUAGAUUGACGAAUUUUCCGGAUUACAUGAGACAAUAAAUCGGACCCAUGGAGGUAGAUGAGGGAUCAAUGUGCAAAUGAAUGUUCCAAUAGAUCGUCCAUCCUCACUUCGGUGGAAUUCCGCCUCAUCUGUGCCAUCAACAACGAUUACUAGACUGCCGCUCUGUAUAUCGCAGAUGUGAAAGGCGACAAGACGAGCGGCAACAGCUCUCAUCCAUUCGUAGUUGGCUGAGUUCCAAGUAGUACCUCCGUCAGGAACACAGCCAGAGUCGAUCGUAUCGGAUGUCUUGGCUGAGUAGAAGGAGGAGUUCAGGAUUAACUGAUUGAUGAUACUCGUUCUACCGGAUCCUCGACGUCCUUCGAUAAUUGUCACUGGAAUCUUGUCCACAACGGCAGCCUCAUAGAUCUCUCUGAAUGCCCAUUCUCGACCGAUGAAAGCCUCUUCGAGGUCGGCUUUUGAUGAGAAUUGGUCUAGAUCGAACAAUGGUUGAAGUCGCGUCUCCACUACCAGCCGUUUUACUCCCGAAUCAACUGGUACACUCCGUUGUAUACCGUUAACAGGACACCGUUUCCGUAUAGAUGACAUCGACAUUACUGUUCCAUUCCGGGCGAAUCGAUUUGAAGUGUUCAGCAAUGAAAUUGUCGAAUUAUUCGACCGACGAUCAAAAGGGAUAUCGUUUAGCCAGUAGGCGUCAGUCAUCUGACCAUCGGCACGGUAACUCGUACUGGGCAGUUUGGCCAUGUUAUUUUGACGAGCUGAUGAGUUGA